GUGGAACUCUGAAGCCUUCAAUUGACAGAAUGUCUAACGUUAGACGCAGGUAUGGGAAGCCACACUGUAAUAAAGCCUCAUUAUAAACAAGCAUGAUUGCAAGCUAGCUAUAAAAUUGAUUAUUUGUACAUGUUUGUAACAAUUUGUAUGGUGACCGCUUGCUGUAGCUAACAUUGUCUGUCCUUUCAGUGGUCGCAUCACAUUGCAAGCAAGAGAUGAGAACGCACUAGAACAAAAUGUCAAGAUAACGCGAAAAAGAAAAUCUGAGGUUUGUUCAAUUAGUUAAUAGUGUAUUAUUUUUAACCAUUAGUGUAGCGUUAUUGUUUUUAUUGGUCUGUCGCCAAAUAAGAACUAUAGCUAAUUGUAUUGUCCAUAUAUUUUUCAGCCAUCCAAAAAGAUGCCACCCGCAGUGAAGAAACAAAGCUAUGAAAUACAGGUUGGUUGCUUGUUUAUUCAAUCAAUUACCAAGUUGUGCCAGUGAAUGAUGACUGUAAAACAUGUGGGAGAAUAUAGGGGUAAACUAUGGUAAAAAUCGCAUGGAUGUAGAAGUCAUUUUUGAUGAGACCUAACUAGUUGGUUGUGUGUAUGUCGAGUUAUUAUCUGUGUCAGUGGGUUAGACAACGCGCAAUAACCCCGCGUUUUGUCUGUCCCUCCCCCUUUCUCCUCCACCCGCCUAAUCUCGCUCACAUCGGAUUCUUUGUUUUGUUUACACUAUGGAACGUUGCAUAAAUACCCUUUUCUGUCGCCAUUAAAAUGAGCAUUCUCUUUUCGAUGUUAUUUAAGUUCACAUGAAUACUAUAGCUUUGAACAGUUUGGUAGUUUUCACUGUGCUAGUAGCAUGCUGUGACCUCUAUUUGUUAAUGUGGACUUUUCACUUGGUAAAUGCAUGCUUAUUUAUUUAUAUCUGCAUUAGCUGCUUAUGUGACUAUAUGCUGAUGAAAAGAGAUUGAAUUUGGUGCCCUUUCUCUCUCUAGAAACGGUGGUCAGAGGAAGGGGCCAGUCCGUGUGUCCUCGUAGAAACGCCACACAAGGAGCUGGAGAUGACCAGAGACCUGUCUGGCUUCAAGCAGUUCCGAUUCAAGAACAUCUUCAUCAAGACCUCACCGCUGCCCUGCCUCAGGUACUGUGUGUGUGUUGAAGGGGCUUAGCCCAAAUGGCUUUUACACCUCAAUAGAGUGGCAAUUGCUCCCCCUCUCAUGCAGACGCUCCAUGUCUUUGUUCCUAAAGUGUCGUCCCCCCAACGCUACUGAGAAACUCUGAAUAUGUAAUGUUUUAGUGGCAACUCUACUCACCUUAGCCGCUUGGCUAAUAUGUGUCAAUGCAACUCUUACAUACAAGAUCAGGGUGGCACUCAGUAGACCUGCAACUAGAGAAACUUUAGAAAUGAGCUGCUCUGAACUUUUUGCGUCUUCUCCUGUUUGUAACUAUUGAUGACAAACAAAUUCAUUGUCUGGUGUUGGGCCUCAUAGUCCAUGCGAGUGCACACUGGACGUCCUGUUAAGACCUGUGUGUUGUUUCCCCUUGGCAGCUGGGCCAGCUCAGAUGACGUGUGGAUUAAGAUGCUGAACAAGGAGCUGAAGUAUGUCCAUGACAAGGGCUUCCUACAGCAGCACCCCAAACUAAAGCCCAAGAUGAGGGCCAUUCUCCUGGACUGGCUUCUAGAGGUACGUGUGUCUCUGAAAUGUCUUGCAGUGCUCUAUACCGUCUUGGGCCUAUUACUUGAACCUAUCUAUAUGCCCUUGUUUACACCUGAUUUUGGAUUUGUAAUGACUGGAUACGCAUGAGCGAAAUGUCUGAUACUCUGCCUCCAUAGUUAUUACCUCAGGGGUUCUACCUCUCAAAUACUUUGACUUCUUUACUAUAGUGCCCCAGGAUCUGUACAGAGACGGUGACUGAUUUCUAACCCAUCCCUGUUUUCUCCCGUGUUGUAGGUGAGUGAGGUGUACACUCUGCAUCGAGAGACGGCUUAUCUGGCUCAGGACUACUUUGACCGCUUCAUGCUGACACAGGACGAUAUGGAGAAGGACCGACUGCAGCUCAUAGGAAUCACAGCCCUCUUCAUCGCAUCUAAGAUAGAGGUAGGUGUAAUGUCCUCCCAUUUUCAUGCUCUUCUGGAUUGCGACCACUGCUUUAGUUUAUACCAUGUCAUAACAAAUUAAUAACAAGAUGGCAUUCGCUCCAUGUAUUUUUCUCAAGUCUAAUCGUUCCCCCUCCUUACGCCACUCAGGAAAUCUACCCCCCAAAGCUCCAUGAGUUUGCCUAUGUUACUGACGGAGCCUGUGAGGAAGACGCCAUCCUGGAGAUGGAACUUGUCAUGUUGAAGGUAAGAACCCCCUGUUCCCAACUUUGCACUGUUCUAAUUCAGUUGUCCCACAUUACUUAAUGACUCAUCUCAUCCAUCAGGCGCUGAACUGGGACCUGUGUCCAGAGACGGUGAUCACAUGGCUGAAGCUCUAUGCUCAGGUGGAGUCCCUAAAGGAUGGCCUCAACUUCCUGGUACCUCAGUUCUCUCAGGACACCUACAUCCAGAUCACACAGGUGAGUCCACCAGCCCCCUCUGCAGCAUUUACAGUUUCUCCUACCAACACUUGAUUGUCAUGGAAGAUUUUAGAUUCCCUAUAACCGUUUUAAUGGUUGUCCUGGUCUCUAUUCAUGUUCCAGCUUUUAGACCUGGCCAUACUGGACAUCAACUCUCUGGACUACCAGUAUGGGAUACUGGCCGCUGCUGCCUUCUGUCAUUUCUUCUCAUUUGACGUCGUCCACAAAGUAUCAGGUAAGCAUUGAUUUGGCAUCGUGUACAUUGUUAUUGAGAUAUGGCCCCACUCUAGAACUCCACAGCCUCCUGUGUGUUAUUACAUAGUUACUAAUGUUGUCUGUGUGUUUCUGUGCAGGUCUGACGUGGGAUAGUAUUGCUCCCUGUGUCCGGUGGAUGACCCCCUUCAUGCGCACGGUCAGCGCCUGUCCCAGAGCAGAGCUCAAGGACUUUAAGAAAGUGACGUCUGACGACAGACACAACAUCCAGACCCACGUAGACUACCUGUCCAUGCUGGUGAGUUCUUACACCACCUGUCAGGGGCUGGAAUGGGUCAAGUGUUCAAAGAAAACAACCAGAAUGGCUGUUUCGAGUAUCUCUACCGGUGUUUGGGAGUAGCAAGUCUCUUUUACCCAGAAAUGUAUUGCAGCCAUCUUGGUGAUGCAUGGGCAGACAUUUUGUGCUAGAAUGUAAUAUUUUUCAAGUGUAAGAAUAAAACUGCUCAUACAAAUGUUUAUUGUUUUGAAUGAAUCGUCUUUUCUGUUGCAGAGUGAAGCUCACCAGAGGCAACCGGACAGCCUAGACCGACUAUCACCUGCCGCCAUUGUAGGGAUAUUGACUCCACCAAAAAGCACAGAGAAACCAGCCAAUCACUGAGCCCCAGGGUCUCCUCACUUUUAUCUUCUGACUAACCAGAUGAAAGGAGAAUUACCUAGACGUCACGCCUGACCAACCAGAGGCCGGGAAACUGAACUACGGAACCUCAUCCUCACGUGACCAAUCAAAUUUGCUUUUGGUAAUAACACACCUUUGUGUAGCAUGUUAAGAUGUGUUAUUUUACUUUAAAUACCAAGCUGGAUAUCAGAGUAUAUGCAGUACAGCCAUGGAAAUCAGAUCAUGGUUACUAUAUUGACUUAUUUUGUGAAAUGAUUGCAACAAAGACCCUGUUCUCGCAAUCUUAAUCCCCAGAAUUUGAAUUUUACAUGGAGAUCAUUUGAGUUGACUCAAGUCAAAUCUUCCUCCAUAGGAAGGCAUGUCUGCUGCUCCCCUUCUGUUACUUGAAGCUAAAUAUUUUAAGACAUGGGAUGUUUGGUAGCUAAAAAGCUAGAUAUUUUAUUUGAGGUGAAUUGGUACCUAAUACAGUUGAGUUGCUCAACUCAAGUCUCUUAACAUCGUGUUAUCAUGUGUAUUUAGUGCUGUAGAGUCUAAAUCUGGAUACUCCUGGAAAAGCUCAGCCAGACAAUAACACUUAAAGAAGUAUUGGUGUUAGUUGUAUGCUAUGGUGACAUUUGAGCUAUUUGAAAGGGUAGUGCGGAGUUAACUAUUUGCUAUACAACCUUUCUUAAACACCAUUUUCGAACGCACAUAUUCUCUCCACACUGUGAACGACUCAUUUCCAUGUGCCAUUGAUGCAUUGAUGCAUUCUCAUACCACAAAACACAUUCCUGGAAAACUUGACUUCAGUAGUUUGACUUAGACCUUUUUGACCAACUUACAAUUGUACGGAAUUUUAACAUUGUAUUUAUUUGUCCAUUUAAGCCUUACAAUGUUUUUAUGUCCAUAUAUACAUUCUUCAUAGGGCUAUGAAUUCAGUUCUUUAACAAUGCCAAAGGCAAACUAUUUAAGUCACGGGAUGCAUGUUAUUUAUGAUUUUGAUAUCUGUUAUGGGGAAAAACCCUGUAUAAUGCAGUUACAUAUUAAAUGUUAUGUUGCGUAGUUUUGCGCUAGCCUGUCCAAGGUGCCUUAGUUGAACUAGUAUGGCGAUUAAAUUGUGAUGUGAAGACUUGGGAGCCCAGCUGCUCGAGUGCAGGGCUCUAACCAGUCUGUCCAGCAAACCUGUGACUGUAAACUGAAACCUUCAGUAUUGGGCAGACGCCUGCUGAUGCAGCAGUAUACAAAGACCCAUGUUUAAACUGUAAAUAAAUUAAAUAGUAAUGUGUAUAUGUUAUGUACAUAAAAUUAAAGUUCUGUUUUCUAAUGGAAAUAUGAAAUGUAUUGAAUAAAUGAA